AUGAAAUCGAUAGAAGAUAAAAAAAAUACAAUGAAAGUUGAAGGAUCUCACCGAACUUUAUUUUAUAGACAAUUUGCAUCGACUUGUACAAAAGUUUUAGUAUCUUUAGUAGAAAACGAUAGAGGAGAUAAUGUUAAAAAAGUAGUUUGUUUCGAAAACAAAAAUUUUCCGAAAACAAACGAUUCGGAAGGAAAAAAAAAAGAAAUGAUAAUAACACUACCAAUAAAAUCGACGAAAACGGUUACGAAAAGCGUACAAACAGAUUAUAGAGAAUCCGAAACUCAAACAUUACCCUGGAGACACGAAAUUAUAGCGGAUAAAAAAAUAUUAAACGAAUAUUUAUCGUUGGAUUUUUUAAAUUUAAAAGAAGAGAAUAAUUUUCUUCCCGGACGAGAUGAUAUAAUAUUGAUAAAACAUGCGAGAGAAAAAUCCGCGUGGGAAAAUAUACUUAACGAAUUAAAAGGAAAAGAAACGGAAAAAAUAAGAAAAUUUAUAAUUUAUCGAAUUUCGACGGUCGAAUCUUACAUGAAAGAAAAAAAAACAAACGAGAUAAACGAAGAGAGAAUAAAUUUGUCGAGAGAAAUAAUGAAAGAAGAGAAAAAAAUUUUCACUGAUAAUCUCAUAAACAAAUUGGAAAGAUGA